UGCGGACGACGCAGGAUCUUUCGUUUACGGUGCUGCGAUUUCCGAUCGGUCCGGUUUACUCAAAAUAUAAUCUGCUAUCGUUUCGCUUGUUGUCAUUUCUGUAUUAGUUAGUAUAUUUACGUCGCGCGCGUACACCUACCGCGUUGUAUCGUCGUCGAUAUUUCUCGUCGUCGAUAUUGCUCGAACAUAGCUUGAAUGUACACACAUUGUAUACAUGUGUAUGCCAAGUUCAAAUCAUCGACGAUUGAUCAAACGAUAGGCGCGCGCGUCGUCGUAGUCGGCAGUAAGAGCACCUAAUCGGUCAGUGUAUGCGCAAAUCCAAGAUAAGCCCAGUCAGAGAGCCAGAACUCAUCGCUCUGGACUCUCUAGCUUCGUCUAAAACUACAGACAAGUAGUCAAGAAAACGUGUGCCGUGAGUUUCGAUUGCCUGCGCUAUUGUUCUCGACUUCUCAUAAAAACUGUGCCUCUCGCCAAUCUUCCAAGGCGCAGCAUCAUCAUUCAAAUUUAUAAAGACAGCUGUCGUCUACACAGGAGCCAGCUAGACUGAAAGUCUGUCACCAAAAAGAACGGAACUAAGCGAUCUAAUUGCUUAAUUCCCGAGUGCAUCUCCAGUUGUACGUUGCUGUCUAGUAUUAUUCAAGGCCCGAGUGCAAGUAUUGAAUUGGUAUCGACACGAGUCUUUCAAUGUUAGAGCCGUGUAACAAGGCGUAGACGACGUUCUUAGAGAAUUAUAAUGACGAGGCAAGAAUCACAUAGCGAGGUGCUGAGAAUAUCUGUCAAGCGUUCGGAUGUCGCCACGAUCUACUGACCAACGUCCAGCUGCUUGUUACAGAUCCCAACGACGGUGUGAAAGUCAGUCUGAAGAAGACUUCUGAUCGUGUAAGAGUCAGUCAACGACGGAUCUAUUUUAGUCUAAUAAUCGGUGUCUCGUUCAAAUGUACGUGUUCGCGAGUGUGUUUUAAAUAAGUGACCAUAAAUUCCUCAUUCCAAGGAUAAAUUCUAUAAGUGUGCAAUAUUUGUCUUAAUUCAAAUUGUAUUUGUAAAUAUAGUAUUUAUAAAUUUGAAUCAUCAGUGAGUUUGUUGUUGUUAUUGUUUGAGUGUAAGAGAAAUUAAGACGCGCAGUAUCCACUGCUCUGUGAGAAAGGACUUUCGUCAUUUACCCCGGUGAAAACAUAGCCGCUACGGUGGCACAGCACGCAGAGUUCCCGGGUGCUGCCAGGGCGUACAUGGCGCAGCCCAGGGGGUACGAAGAUGGAGGGAUCCAUGGCGGUUACCUCGAGGGUGGCGGAAGUGCCGGCGGUGGCAUCUACGACCCACACGCCAGCGCGCGCAAUGUGCCGGGCCUUCAUCACAGUCCGCACCUCGGUGCGAUGGGCCCUGGACACCCACAGUACCCACCACCGCCACAGCCACCCCAUGUACUGGCUGCUGCGGCGGCUGCAUCCACAAUACCAGAAGCCCACGUUAAACGCGACAAGGACGCCAUUUACCAACAUCCUUUGUUUCCACUGCUAGCGCUAAUUUUCGAAAAAUGCGAACUGGCAACAUGCACACCACGCGAUCCUGGUGUUGCAGGAGGUGACGUAUGUUCGUCCGAAAGCUUCAACGAAGAUAUCGCCGUCUUCUCCAAACAGAUCAGAAACGAGAAGCCUUACUACAUCGCCGACCCUGAGGUGGAUUCCCUGAUGGUCCAAGCAAUUCAGGUCCUUCGGUUUCAUCUUCUCGAACUUGAAAAGGUGCACGAGCUGUGUGAUAACUUCUGUCACCGGUACAUCAGUUGUCUAAAGGGCAAAAUGCCCAUCGACCUGGUGAUCGACGACAGGGACAGUACGAAACCACCAGAACUGGGCAACGGUUUGGAAGGCGGACCUCGCAGCACCGCCGACAGCACGAGCCACACCGACGGAGCCAGCACGCCGGACGUCAGGCCACCUUCCUCGUCUCUUUCGUACCCCGGACCUGGUGCGAACGACGACGCACGGAGUCCCGGUAGCGGGGGCACACCUGGUCCCCUCAGCCAGCAACCCACCACAAGUUUGGACACAUCUGAUCCUGAUGCAGCGAUGAUGAUGGGUAAGUCAUGUCCGGGAUUCAGAGAACCUAAUUUUGCUAAUGAAAGUUAUAGGGCCAAUGGAGAUGUAGAAAAGAAUUCUGCGGAGAAAAGAAGGCUUAGUUCAGAUAUAAAAAAGUAUAUUGCGGCGAGAAGAAGGCUUAGUUCAGUAAAAUCUGAUGGUUCAGAAGAUGUUUUUUUUGAUGAGCGUAAUGGUAGUUUUGGAGGCAGUUGUACCGACGGUGACGCGAGUAACGCAAGUAUCGGUAGUGGUGAAGGCACGGGGGAGGAGGACGACGACUCGUCGGGUAAGAAGAACCAAAAGAAGAGAGGCAUUUUUCCAAAAAUCGCGACCAACAUCCUCAGGGCGUGGCUGUUUCAACACCUGACGCAUCCAUACCCAUCUGAAGACCAGAAGAAAGCCUUGGCACAAGACACGGGGUUGACGAUUUUACAAGUUAACAAUUGGUUUAUCAAUGCGAGACGUAGGAUCGUGCAACCAAUGAUUGAUCAGAGUAAUCGAGCAGUGUUUCCGGGUUUAACGGGCUCACCAGCUGGAAAUCUUGAUACUAGCUACAUGAUGGACGGACCACCAGGGAGUCUCAUGCAGCGGCCACUAGGCGAUCCAGGCUAUGUCAAUCAGUACCACUACCCACCCGAAUAUUACGGACAUCAUUUAUAAAGUUGGAUGAGCGUCUAAGGAGAAACAUGAAUCGCAGCAACAACAUCACAACUACAACUACUAUAAGAUAGAAUUAUAGACGAAAUUUAUAGUACAUCACUUUUUCAUACACACACAUACACAUCAGGAGGGCAAAUAUGAUCCCAUUCCCUUUGUCAUCACAAAAUGCCACAUACGUAACCAACGGUACAAUGAUCAAAAUCAGAGCUACUGUGAUACGUUUAUCGCAGAGACGAUUUUAGAUACAUAGACGAGACACAGGCCAAUUAAUCUUGCCCCGAGUAUGCAUUCUCACCUGUGAUUUCACGCAAUCCCAUUUGCUACAAUAAUUGAGGUGACGAGUUGUGUACGGCGAGCAAAACGGCACAAAUAAAAUUAUUUAGAGCCGUUGGUUUUACGCGUAGCAGUCUCAUUAUACAUAUUUAUAAUAUAAAUAAACAAAAAAGGGCGAUGUUGACAGCGGACGAUUCAAUGAGUAAAACUUUCAUGUGAUUGUUCUUUGUACAAAUAUUUGCGGUGUAUAAUUGUAGCGAUUAAAAGAUAAUUGAAUGAUAAAUUUUAAUACGAUCGCAAUUGAGAGACUAUAUUACGAUAAUUAUUUAAUUGAGGAUUACGUAUAGUGAUUUAGGAAAAAAAUUUUUAGCGGACAUGUACAUUACAAGUGGAACACAAGUGGAACCUACAAGUGGGAAUUGUCGCGCGCAAAUGCACUUACUUGCAUUUUGUAUAGGUCGUUGACAAAAAAUGGUGAAUUUUUUAGUAAAAUUUACGCUCAGUUGUCCUAAUUAAAUUUUAAUCGUUCAAAUGAAUUUGCUACUAAUGAUGAUUGUUGUUUUGAUUGUUGGAAUUGAAUGAAUAAUUUUAAAUGAAUAGGAUAUUGUGUCAAAAAUCCUAGAAAUUGUAUAUUAAUUGAAUUGUAUGUAUUGGUACUGAUGAGUCCAUUUUAUAAGAAUUUCAAAUAAUGAAAUCCAAUAAAAUCAAUAUGAUGAACCUAAUAAAA